GUCAUAGAGAAAAUUCGAGCCGAGUUACAUGUGAUCACCAAUGGCAACCGCUCUGUUUCUUUAUCCGACAAGGACCACACUCCUUACCUGAACUGGACCGUACUGGAAAUACAAAGAAUGGCGUCUAUAUUGAAUUUGAAUCUGUGGCGUCGUACCAAUGAGGGCCGAAAGUUUGAUCCUGAACGAUAUAAGGAAGGUGGAAAAGCUCUAGAGCAACGAAUAAUUCCGUUCGGUAUCGGGAAACGGUCGUGCAUCGGUGAGACGCUGGCAAAAGCGGAAAUAUACUUGAUUCUGGCCAACAUGAUCUCACGCUACGACAUUCGGGAGGAUCCUGAAGCUCCAAUAGAUUUGAAAACCACCACACCAAUCGGAAUGAUGCAUCGACCAAAGAAAUUUCAAUAUUAUUUUGGAACUUCUCAAAUAUUGAAGAUCUUGUUCAGUAAGGACUUUCAAGCUGCUUUGUGA